CCUCGUGAAUUCUCCCUGUUACUCAUGUUUUCGAGGCUGCAAGUUUACAGGCUUGUAUUACUGAGUAUGGCCGAGAGCGCUCCUUUGCAUACAGGGUAUGAUUUUUCAAUGAUUUGCUAGUGAAAUUUCCAUAAAUGUUUUUGACUUAGUUGGAGCAAGAGACCCGAUAGAAAUUCGCAACUGGAACAAAUUGCAGACAAAGCGAUUUAAGGAUCUUAAACCGCGUUCUAAGUUAGACUUCGUUUAAAUAACCGACCCGUAGUGAACAAUCUGAAUUCAUCCGUUAGAGUUGACUGGCCGUAAAAUACAGUAAGACGGGAAGGACUGAAGAAUUAUUAAGAAGGACGUGGCGAGCGAAACGAGCUGCAAGAGUGCGGGCUAGGCCGGGGUGACUGAAGAUCUCGAGCUUUUCCUCUUUAAUGCCCGCACCAUCUCUUCCUCAUUAGAAAUUACAGAUCAGUAUGAGCUUGAUUUUAAUAAUGUUUUUGGUUUAUCCUUACCAGAAAGCACAAGUUAGAUUCCAAAUUCAGUGAUGCUACCAAAGUGUCAGCAAAAGACAGCAAAAUAAAAAAGCUAGAGGUAAGUAGUAGUGUCUUUCCCGGCAUAGUAAAUCGAACGUUCGAAAAUCGAACUCAAUCGAACUAAAUCGAACUCAAUCCGUGGAUUGAGUUCGAUUGUGUUCGGCAAUCGAACGAAAUCGAACACCACACUUUCAGUGAGUUCAAUUUCCAAACAAAUCGAAUUCAAUCGAACAAAUCGAACUCAAUCCGUCUGAUUGUGUUCGAUUGAGUUCGGACGCACACAAUUUAAUGGAUUUCGUUCGAUUGGCUCUGGUGAACCUAUACAAAGCAAGCCCAAAGCAAACCCGUCAAAGCAAGUUUUUCUUGCGCUUUUUUACUAUUUAUUCAAUAACACAAACCCCAUUUAUAAACUGUCCACGGCAGUUAAGAGAACAGAACAGAACAAAACAAAGCUAUCAUAAUUCCACGGUCGUAUUUCGAAAUUGUCUUACCCUUUCCUUUUUUUAGUUUUGCUUCCCCUGUUUUUCAUAAGGCUUGCACAAUAUUAACUACUUGAGGCAACUUAAUAUAUUCGCGAAUCCCUUACAAACAUCUUCACUUACUAAGUUAUCGAAGCAUUUACAGGCCACAGGGAAGCAACCAGUUCACGUUGAAGGUGACCUAAUUGUCCGUGCUCGUUUGCAAUUCGGAAGGCACGGCCUUUCUCGCCUAUUUUCUUUAAAACCCUGAAAACUUCACCAUCCUUGACGUCAAAGCGGCAUUCCUGGUAGCCUUUGACUAUACAUUUGAAGCUUACAAUCCACAACGCAUCUGAAGCCAUUUCUGCGGAAUUUCUUCGUUUAUGAAAAAAACGAGCGCUACACUCAGGGCUGAAGUAACUCGAGCUUCUAAGAUCUGGUAAUGGAUUUUCAACGUCUGUUUUACAUAAAUCACGAGUUCGAAAAUCGAACGUUCGAUUGCGUUCGAUUGAUUUUUUUUCUUUUCGGUGAGUUCGAUAUCGUUCGAUUGCCGAACUCAAUCGAACUCAAUCCACCGAUUGAGUUCGAUUGAGUUCGAUUGAAAUUUAGUUCAAUUGGGUUCAAUUUACUAUGCCGGGUGUCUUUGAAGAAUCGCGAUCUUUUAAGUCUUCAAGAGUCCCUAUGCAUGUAAUAUUAAGCGCCAACAUAAUUACGCCACCUUCACUCACAGAACAUUGCUUUGUAUAGGAUACAGAGUUAACAGCGUUGACUUCAAAUAAAGACGAUUUCAGACUGAGGGCUGUUUCAAACGUCGUACUACUGCCGUGCUAAGCUGGCUCGACUGUAGCUCAACUGCAGCACGACACUAGCACCACUUGGUUUCAGAUGUCAAAUUUAAUUCAGUCGAAUAGAACGGCUGUUGCUGUAAACAAAACACAAAAAUAAAGAAACGAUUAAGCAAACUUUUAAAUGUAUUCUAAUGUAUUCACAAUUUAUGAAUUGAGUUCAGCACAGCAGUGGUAUGGCAUUAGCGCGACGUUUGAAACCAAGUCGAGCUACUGCAGCUGGCGUGUAGCUACUACCGGCAAAGCUUGCCGUGCUACACGGCAGUAGUACGACUUGGUUUCAAACGUUGUGGUGCUGCCAUGUGUUACGCGGGUAAUCUUUUAGAGGACGGGUAGCUUGCAAACCAAACUGAACGCAGGGUUGUCGGAACAGCAACAAGAAGAUCUAUUCCAAAAAUGAACGUAGUUUCCACGAAAUAAAACUCCACAACAGCACGUAACUCGUUAAACUUACACAGCCUCCGCCAACUUCAAUUACCUUAAUAAACUUAAACGGCCUCUGCCAACUUGAAUAAACACUGCCUUCAUCACAUUUGACUAAACACGACUAACGUCAAACUCUCUUCGCUUGUGAAAACUAGUUAAAGCUUAACUCGGGCUCGCCUACUUAUAUACGUUUACAAUAAGAUUCUAGCACUUUCCACCUAAUUAUAGAAAGAUUACGAAAUAUACCGCUUUAGAAACGUUUACGUAAGAUCCUAAAAUAAACAAACUACGAACUCUCGUGAAGCUUCUAGAAAGUCACGCUAGUCAUGCAAUACAAUUUUUCGUAACAUAACCCCCUUUCAGAAGAAAUUUCCUAAAUUUCCAAUACAAUAGAAAAAUUGUAACCUAAUAUACAACAGGGGUAGUCCGGUGUCUCUCAGGUUACUCUUCUACUCGACUAAGAUAAUCCGCUCUGACAUUCUCUGAUCCUUUGUUGGCUUCCACCUUGAAAUUGUAACUUUGUAGAAACAUCGCCCAUCGCAUUAGUCGUGCGUUGGUAUAUUUUGCGCUGUCCAUGUACUUCAGCGGUUUGUGGUCUGUCUGCAGCACAAAAGGUACACCGUACAAAUAUAGAUGAAAUCUCUUGAUUCCCCGUACAAUCGCUAGGCAUUCUUUCUCGAUUGUAGAAUAGUUGCGCUCCGCACUUGACAAUGUCUUGCUUGCAUAACAAACAGGGAAUAAUUUCUCUUCGUGACUUUGCAUCAAUACUGCACCAAUUCCAUUGUUGGAAGCGUCCGUCCGUAGGAAAUAAGUUUUAGCUGGAUCGGGGAGAUGUAGAAUAGGUUGACCUUGUUAGGUAGGACUUGAUUGUUUGGUAGGCUUUUUCUUCUGCUUCACCCCACUCAACUUUAUUGGGUUGGUCUUUCCGUGUGAGAUCAGAUAAGGGCGCUGCGAUCGCUGCAAAGUUGGGAAUAAAAUCUCUGUAGUAUCCUGCUAGACCGAUAAAUGACCGCACCUGUUUCUUUGUGCUUGGCCUUGGGGCAUCUUUAAUUUUUUCCACGUUAUCCUGAUGUAGGCCAAUCAUUCCUUCAAGCUCCAGUCGAUGGCCUAGGAAAUCCACACUGUUUUCACCGAAUAGGCACUUCGUAGGUCUAAUAGUCAACCCAGCUUGUACAAGGCGCGAAAACAGCUCUCUGAUGGCUCUAAUAUGUUCUUCCCACGUACGGGUGUGUACCAAUAUAUCGUCCCAGUAGAAGUCGACAUCAUCUAGAUCUUCAGUGUUGCCGCUGAGUUAAUCAUUCCAAACAGCAUCUUCAAGAACUCAUACGACCCGUCAGGUGUUACAAACGCAGUUUUCGGUAUGUCCUCCUCUGGUAUAGUUAUCUGCCAAUAUCCCUUGCUAAGGUCAAUUUUUGAAAAGAAUUUGUCUCCGCUAAGCUUCUGGAACAAGUAUUCAGUGGUUGGCAUAGGCUCAGGAUCAAAUACAGUUAGUUUAUUCAAUUUCCGGUAAUCAACGCACACACGGUUUGUGUUGUCUUUUUUCUUCACUACUACAACAGGUGACGCAUACGGAGAACUGGACUCUCUAAUAACUCCCAUUUUGAUCAUGUCAGUAAUAUCUUUUCUCAGUGAUUCUCUCAUGCUGUAAGGUACGGGGUAAGGUCUUGAUCUAACUGGCUUGUCUGAGGUGAGUUUAAUAUGAUGAUGAACAAGAUCUGUGGUACCUGGUGCUUCAGUAAACAAAUCCGUGAACUGCCUAGCCAGAUCCGUGAAUUCAGUUCGUUGCUCGUCCGUAAGAUCCAGUCCAGUUGUAACAUCCUCAAUUGACUCCUUGGCUACAUAUCCACCAAGCUCUAAGAAAUCAACCUCUUCUUCCUCUGCUUCAUCAUCUUUAGCUGCACAGUCAACAGCAUUGUCUAUACUCGUAGCGCCUGCUCCAACAGCUACUGCUCCUUCUACUGUAGUCUCCUCUCGCUCAAAAUACUUUUUAAGUAGGUUAGCAUGAUAAAAUUUCUCCUUGCCUUUUACUUUCACCUUGUAGUCAUUGAGACCUACCACUGAACUAACUUCAAAGGGACUUUGCACUGCAUAAGUAACUUGUUAUGGUCGGUAGGUAGCAGCACAAGUACUUUCUCACCUGGUUGAAACUUCCUAACCUUAGACUUGUGGUCGUAAUAGUGCUUUCCUUUCUGCUGGGCUUUCUCCAGUUCACUAUGGGCGAGCUUAAGGGUAUCUUCUAACUUCUCUCGCAACUCGAAAACGUACUGGUAACUGUUCUUUACUUCAGGCUCCUCAACUUCUUUCGUCCACAGCUGUUUGAGUAUUUUUGCCUCAAAUGGCAAAAAACCAGUGGACUCUUGGGGGACUUCAUGAUAAGCAAACAACAGUGGGUUUACGUAGCAAUGCCACUGUCUUGGCUGCUCACUACACAGUCUCUUCAGCAUAGACUUCAUCGUUCCGUUGAACUUCUCCGUCAAACCGUUACACAUCGGGUGAUAGGGCGUUUUUAAGCUGUUUAAUGCUUAGUAGUCGAGUAACUUCUGUCAUGCACUCCGAGACAAACUGUGUGCCCAGAUCACUCAGGAUUUCUUCGGGUAUUCCUAGAUGGCUAAAGAUAUCAACCAAUGCCUCUGCUACAGUCUCCAUAUCAAUGUUCUUUAGUGGUACUGUCUCAGGGUAGCGAGUCGAAAAAUCUACCAGCGUCAAUAUGUACCUGUGAUCUUCUUUACUCGGAGGACUGAUGGGCCCGACAAGAUCUAUUGCUACUCUCUUAAAGGGCUUGUCAAUCAGUGGCAUCUUCUCUAACGGUACCUUCAGCACUGAUCCCUUACUUACAGUCUUCUGACAAACAUCACAGGACUUGCAAAAUCGAGUCAUGUCACCUUGAAUUCCAGGCCAAUAAAAUGCACUCUGGAUCUUGUCUGUUAUUUUCUUGAUACCCAUGUGACUGCCCAUGAUCGAUCCGUGAGCUACUUCCAUUAUGGGGCGCCUCAACUUUUCAGGUACCAUGACUUGUUUUAGCGGUUUACCACCAUUCCCAUAAGGGUGCUUGUACAGACGGUACAGUACUCCACAUUUUUCUUCAAAUGAAAUCUCCGCCUGACCCUUUACUAGCACAUCGUCUCGAUCCCAGUACUUGCAUAGACUCUCAUCUUCACACUGCAUCUGCUUGAGCUUCUCUCUAUCCACGAUAGGGCUCUCACGGCUACUUGGCACCUUCAAGGCUGUGCGUUCAUCCUUUUUCUUAGCUUGACUUCUUGUAGUCACUGCACAGGUCUGGAUUGUGUGCGUCCCUGGCAUCAGGCACGUUGCCAAUAAUAAGGUCGUAGAUAGGAUCUGAAAGGCACUGCGCUUCUACGUGGCCCUUAAGAUAAGGAGUAUCGACAUAAAUUCUUGCUAUGGGCACCUUCCUUGCAGUGUUGUCAGUAAGCAACAUAACGUUAAAGUCUCCGGUGAACUGAUCCUCGCCGACAAGGUCCUGCUUGACUACAACUCCACUGCAACUAGUAUCUCUUAAAACGUUAACAGUCUUCUCUCCAACUCUACCCUUUACGACAGGCAUCUUACUUCUUACUCCAGUUAGGGAUUCAACACAGGCAUUACUCAGCAAUGGGACUUUCUUGCCACAGGCUAACAGAAGCUGAUCAUUCUGAAUACACGAGUUGACUUCCUCGGGGGUAGCGUUAAGAUCGGGUGACUUAACCAAACUGCCAGCACUAACUUGACCACGCUGCACAGGGUUUCCAUCCUUACCUUGGCCUCCUGACUUUCGUCCACCUGAUCGACAGUUCCUCGCUUCAUGACCUUGCUUGCCACACAGGAAACACCUUUUAACUAGAGUUGGGCAGUUAAUAGCUUUGUGUCCGCGGGCAUUACACUUGUAACACUGGAGGGCUGUUGUGUCGCUCUGUGCAGUCUUUGCUUCCUCUGCCUUGGGCUGUACUUGUGGCUUCUUGCUCACGGAGCUGAACAGAUGCUUUCCGUGUGCUUCCAAGUAUUGAUCAGCAAUCUUCGCUAUCUGAGCAAGCGUUUCCGGGGCUCUUUCACAAAGGUGAAUAGCUAACUCUUUUGGACAAGAGUCGAUAAAUUGUUCUUUCACAAUUAAAUCUUUGAGGCCUUCAAAAGAACGAUCAGUGUUCGACAGCUCUAGCCAACGUAACAAGUAUCUAUCCAGUCUCACUAUAAACUGUUCAGGACUAUCGUCAACUUCCGGCUUUGAUGCUCUAAAUUUAUGACGAUAGCCGUCCUCUUUAAGGUCAUAUCUCUUCAUCAAAGCUAACUUCACGCGGUCAUAAUCUUGGGCUGCUUCCUCAGAUAAACCUCUAGGGCACAUCCAGACAAAAGAGCACCACGUUUCGAAGCCCAUCCUGUCUUCUCCCAUUUAGCUGUAGUUGCGAACCUCUCAAAUUGUUGUAGGUAAGCAUCCAAGUCGUCCUUGCCAUCAACAAAAGAGGGAAGCUUGGGUGCCUUGGCCCUAUCCUCUCUCACUUCAGCAUGUUCGGUAUCGUUACGGCCUUGUCCUAGACGAGCGAGCUCUAGUUCGUGCUCUCUCUUAGCAGCUUCAAUAGCCUCUCUCUGCUUCAACAGUUCUGCUUCCAGCUCUAAUUUUCUCAGUUCGCGUUCUUGCCGCCUAGUUUCUCUUUCUUCGUCUUCUCUUCUACGCCUUCUUUCCUCUUUCUCUUGUUCUUCCUUUCUUCUGUCUUCUUCAAGUAUUUGACGUCUCUCUUCCUUUUCUUCUUCUAAUUGUCUACGUUUUUCUUCUCUCUCUUCCUCCUCCCUCCUUCUUUCUUCCUAAGUUUUUGACAUUUUUAGUCUCACUUGCUUGAGCAGAGCGAGACUCUUAAAAUGCAGUCGUUUUUUUUUUUUCAUUGGUGGGACCUAGUUUGUAGGCCCCGCGUUCCCAGCGAAGACCGUGGAAACUGGGGAUAAGAAUCGUGACAACUUUCAUUGUAUGGAAAUGAGUCUCGUGAUGAGAAUGCAGUUUAUUUUCGGCGAUGACUGAAAUGACGCAUGUAAGUUUGGCAAUGACGUAAUUUUCCUCGAAUGGAGGCCCUUGAUUUUCGUGUAAUUAUGCACGACAUGCAGGCACUUUAAAAAGGAAAUAUCCCCAAGAAAAUAUUAUAGUGGGGAAAUCCUCAGGAUUUUGUGGCUUUUUAAGGCAUUACGUUUCUUAGAAUAUUGUCGCAAUUACAGGAAAUGUAUGGUUAAAUAGAUUCACUUUGUUUUAUGUAUUUAAUUGAUAAAUUUUCGCAGUUGUUACGAUGUGAAGUCAUGUUGCACUUCAUAAAUACUUGAGAUAUGAAGUAUCCACUAUCACGUAAUUUUUACGUGGGCACGUGCUUAAAAUUUGUGUUCGCAAAUAAAAUAAAGGCAAUGUAUGAAAAGCCGCACGUACAAUUAUGUAAGCGUAAAAGGAGAAACUUGCUUAAUUUGACGUUUAAUCUCAAUACUUUAUGUCUUACCUCUGUUUGAUUUACGUGAUUAAAAUUUAGGUGCAUUAAUGGGCGGAGCCAAAAAUCCACCCUAACGUGUCACGGAUGUGUUUAUACGGGUAACUUUGAACUUGACUAACCGCACACUGUACUUGCAGCACUUCAUGACCAUAGUUAAUAGAAAUCCCAUAUUGAGCUUUUCCGGAACGGGUUGAUCCAAGAAUUCUAUGGCUUGAAAGCGUUGAUUUUGGAACAACUGAUCACUUCAGUGGUAAAAAAAAAAAAGAAUAAUCUUAAUGAGCAAAACUUCAAGGUUUACUGGAAAAUCAGGAUCGAGGAUCGAGGAUCGAGGAUCGAGGAUCGAGAAAUCAGGGAUCAAGGAUCGGUUAAAAAGAACUUGAAAAUAAAAUAAAUAAAUAAAUCAUGGAUCAGUGAUGAUGUGGGCCGCAGACUGUAGAUAAAUUUCACAGAACAUAACCCCGUUCUUUGUACUGAACGCUAAAUUCAAGUAAACUAAUCCGAGUCUGUCUGAGUCAGUGAUUGUUUUGACGAGAAAGUGAAAUUUUCCGGGAAAAUGAAACGCUUUAUCCUGGUGAUACUGUAAUACAAGAAAAAACUUUUAACAGUUUUUAAUUUUUAAGUGUACAUUUGCUUUCAGUACUCCUUAUUUUUUUUGUAAUUGUUGUAUGCACGACCCCACCAGCAAUGCUGAUCUUUUUAUCGUGCCAUAAACUAAGGUUCUUACCUACCUACCUACCUAUCUAUCUAUUUAUCUAUCUACCUAUAUCUAUCUAUCUAUCUAUCUAUCUAUCUAUCUAUCUAUCUAUCUAUCUAUCUAUCUAUCUAUCUAUCUAUCUAUCUAUCUAUCUAAAAUGCAUGCUGUGUACAACUCUAAACAUUGUACUCUGAGACUGUACGGAGAUAUUAAAAGUAGAUACUAAGCAGCUAUGGAAAAUGUCAUUACUUUCAUGCGAUAUUGAUAUCUUAUAAAACGGACAACAAAUUCAACAGGAAUACGCGUGAACUGAAUUAACUGUGUGUUGUAUAAGGUUCUGUUCAACAAUCAUCGUUCAAUUUUUCAAGUGUAGAAUCCCUGAAAGAGUACUCCUCAAUGGAGCAAUAUCAAUAUGUAGAAGGUUUUCAAAGGUUUCACACUGGUUUGAGGCUAAGAUGGAGGCCUGUCUCUCCUUGCAAUUUUUACUUUUUGAGUAUAUACAUUAUGACAUACAACACUCGUUUUGUAUUCCAAACGAAAAAGUAGUAUAACGGCACCGGGGCCUUUGACAACAAAACUCAUCGCCAAGCAAGCGAGACUCAACGCUACUAAGAGCGUUCUUGUUCUUCUUUAUCCUCUUCUAACUUUUGUUGUUUUUCUACAAACUCAAGCAGCUUUUCUCCCUCCAAUCCAAAUUCUUUCCCUAUCUGCAAAAGCUUUUCCACUUCCACAGCAGUAGUUCACAGCAAUCACACUUGAUAUACUUCCUCGUAGCAUUUGUUCUUACUUUCGCUGUACACUCCUUUUUCUUGAACUGUCCUUUCCUGGUUACUGUAGUCGGCAAACAAUUGAAUUCCUCUCCCGGACAGGCCCCCAAUGUUACGCGGGUAAUCUUUUAGAGGACAGGUAGCUUGCAAACCAAACUGAACGCAGGGUUGUCGGAACAGCAACAAGAACAUUAAAAUGAACAUAGUUUCCACGAAGUAAAACUCCACAACAGCACGUAACUCGUUAAACUUACACGGCCUCCGCCAACUUGAAUAAACACUGCCUUCGUCACACUUGACUAAACACAACUAACGUCAAACUCUCUUCACUUGUGAAAACUAUAGUUAAAGCUUAACUCGGGCUCGCCUACUUAUAUACGUUUACAAUAAGAUUGUAGAACUUUCCAAAUAGUCUAAUUAUAGAAAGAUUACGAAAUAUACAGCUUUAGAAACGCUUACAUAAGAUCCUAAAAUAAACAAACUAUGAACUCUCGUGAAGCUUCUAGAAAGUCACGCUAGUCAUGCAAUACAAUUUUUCGUAACACGCAGCUAAAGUUGAAUUUGAUUCAAUCAAUUUAGUUCAGCACGGCAGUAGCACAACGUUUGAAACGGGCCUGACACUCUGACAGACAUUUAAGGGCUACUAUUAAUGCACCUAUCAAUGUAAACCCUGAGGUGGGGGGAGUGUGGGCAUUAGGCGGGGAUUUGAUGAAAAAUCCAUCCCCCAGGUGUCCUGCACUGCAUAUGUAGGGCUGGGGGUUAAAUUGAUUCCCCCAGUCAGUUUCUGUGCUGGUGCACAACUGUCUGUGUGUGUUUGGUACUAGACCUUAAGUCUAGUGGCAUGGCACUCACCCUGCUGGGGGCCGGCCAUUCACCUCAAACCCCAAAAAAUCACCAAAAGCUGUACUGUUUGACAAGGUGCAGUUUUCAUUUCCUAGUUCGGGACCAUCAUGUAACUUUGCUUCUUUUGCAUGUACAUGUAAACCUCUGAGGUAGAAGUGACUGUUUAUGCUAAACUAUAAUGAAAUAUUUAAUAGAAGCACAAAGUCUUUUAGAUAUGAAUGGAACACAUAUAUCAGGAGCUGAGAUAAGUUUCACUCAUUUUUGAAGAUAAUUUAAAAGAAAGAGUUUUACCAUAACAGUGGUUAGAGAACAUUUGAAGCGGAGUGUUGCAAGUACGGAGACAAAAAUUAAUGUGAGGGUACACAUCAUGUUUCCUCAUAAUGGAGAUAGUUAGCUUCAAUCGGGUUUGUGAGAUUCAUCAUGUAAGGUAUGGGCCCCUGGGUGGGGAUUUUUAGCUAUAAUUAUGUGAUGUUUGUACCCUUCCCCACCCACAGGAAAUUGACCAAAAUUUUUUUUUUGUUUAAAUUCCCACCUUUUGCCCACGCUCCCCACUCUCACGGGGUUUACAUUGAUAGGUGCAUAAUGUGCCCUCUUGAAAUGAUGGCUUCCUUCAAUGAAGCACCCAAUUUGCAACAGAAUGUACAGUGUAUUGUGUAAAGGUAAAAGUCAUUGAGAUGAGGGGAGAGGGGGGAGGGGAAGGGAGCUCCAAACCUCCUGCCUCCCCUAUCUUGGCUUUCUUCCUUUAGCCCUUUUUUGAUUGCAAAAUAUUAAGUAUUGUUGUGUGUUUUCCCCCUAUUUCGUCCACUUCCCACCCUUUUAGAACUCCCACUUCCUGCCUUUUCUUCUAUCCCUAUUCUCCCAGGCUUCCACCCCCCCCCCCCUGGUCCCCACUCCUAAUAAUGUGCUGUCAAUAUUAACUCUGCUCAUAAUAGACGUGUCUGAUGAAUGGCUAUGACAGUAAGAGUAUUUACAGGAGUAACAAUAAUAAUUGUUUGUCUUUUCCAAUAGGGCUGGAUAUUAAGUAAUAAUAAUAAUAAAUUAUUGUAGGUUUUUAUGGUGCAUAAUUUUAGAGAAUUCUCAAAGCGCUUACGAUAGUAAAUAAAGUCUAAAUGAAACUCUAUAUUGAUAUAGUAAUUAUUCCUAAAAAUAAAAGUUUUCAAAUGUUGCUUAAAAGAAGAAACAGAUUCAGAGUUUUUGAUAUGAUCAGGUAGACUGUUCCAGUUUAUCGGUGCAUAAUAGGAAAAUCAUGAGCAGUGUCCAUAAGCCACGGUAUUAACAGAAGGAACUUGUAAAAACAAUCUAUUGGAUGAGUGGAGUAAACGAGCCAGCUGGUAUUUGAGAAGGAGUGAAGUCAAAUAGUAAGGAGCUAAAUCGUUUCAAAUUUUAAAUGUUAAAAGAAAUAUUUUAAAAUCGAUGCAUGCGCCAAUAGGAAGCCAGUGCAAGUCUUUCAUGACAGGAGUUCAAUGGUCAGAUCUUCUUAUUCCUGAAACCAAGUGUGCAGCACAGUUCUGAACACGUUGCAGCUUGUGUAUUUCUCACUUGGGUAAGCCACAGAAUAUAUAAACUGUGUAAGUGUUAGUAAUAAAAACAACACAUGUACAGUGUUCUACUUAAUUCAUGAUUCUUCCUCUUUGAAAAUGUUUUUAAUUAGAUUGUUGGCACUGAAGCAUCAUAUAAGUUGACUGAAAGGAGUGGGAAUUUAUUUUCAUGCCCUGAAAGUGAAUCACUUGCUCACUGCAUCAGUGCGGAUGUCAGAAUGGGAAAAGGAAUAGCUGUUUCCUUUAAAACAAAAUUUGGGGGUGUGGAUGAGCUUAAAUCACAAGGUACUUUUAACAUUGUAAUUUAUUUUAACUUAUCUAUCUACACUGACAGUAGCACAAUUUUCAGUGUCAUACAGUGGCUGGGAACCUUUACCUGGGGCUAAAAAAUUAUGUACUGGUAUUUAACCACAAGCUCUUUGCCCCUGAUUACAACCCUACAAAUUUAGGCCCUCAUUUCUGCUGUUCAAACAAUUUUCCUCUCCCUCCUUCCUUCUCUUCCUUUUCCUUUCAAUCAUAAAUAACAGCACCACCGGCAAACAGGCUGUUUACACCAACGUAAAAGGGUGUACCCUUUUGGACGAAAAGAAAAGGCCAAGGUAAUGGACCUCUUAGUCUGGGGAACAAAUCACUUUUAUGCCUAAUAAUUAUGAAACUUUGUUGAGUACCACCAAGAAAGUGUCAAGCAAUAAGCCUGCCUGAUAGUAGUGUGCCAUUUGUACAAGGAAAAAUGAGGGAGAAACAUAAAAUUAUAUCUUGUUCAUAACUGACAUUAGCCAUACUCGUACAUGUCUAAUUUUAAGGUUGGUCUUUUGGACAUGUCUCAUUUUUCUCAAGUGUAAGUAUAAUCUCAACUUACGGCAAUAGUAAAUAAAGAUGCAGUCUUAGCCUGAUCACUGCAAUCAGGUGAUUCAGGUGACAUUACAAUAAAAUCUUUCCAAUUGCAUUCAGUGUAUUGAAAUUGCUACCAAUGUUUUUAAUUUUAAAUUUUAGGGCAGAAACCAGGAGGUGUGGCAAUUCUAAGAAGAGGAAACAGACAUAUCUACUAUCUGGUUAGCAAAUUAAAUACAGCCAAACCUACAUGUAUGAGCAGCCACCUCCCACAAGCGACCUCCUAUCCAAAACACCAAAACGUUCCCAGUCAGACUUACAGUUGAACCUCUAGUAAACGACUACCUCCUAUAACCGACUGCGACCACUUUUGGGCCUGAAAGUUUAAGGAUUUUCCAUUGUUUUUAACCUACUGUUAGCGACCACUCGAUGCAUUCUCUGAUCUCUACGUUCGCUGUGUGCACCAUGCUACCUAGAAAUAUAUAUGAAGAACUUUUGAAACAACAUGGAACUACACACGUUGUAACUUAGAAAUUGCAUGCAAUAAAUUAUCUUCCAUAAAGCAGAUGUGCCAGGACCUCUUCUUGGUAAAGGCCCCCUGUGGUUCGAUUCUUGUAGGCGACCACCUCCCAUUAGUGACCACUAAGUGUUUGCAUUUUGGGUGGUUGCUUAUGGGAGGUUAGACUGUAAUCACUGAAUGUUUUACUUCCAAAAAUAAUUGUGAUUUUAUUAUUUUGUUUUUGAUUUUGCCUUGUUACGGUCCAUAAAAAUUGUCCAAUUUCCAGAGCUAUCAUUUGGGGACCUGGAGAUUUUUCCUAGCUACAAUGAAGUUGAAAACGGGCUACUUUGAUUCAUAGCAAUAUUAAUUAAAGGAAAAUAGAACCAAAAGAAGUCCCUAGCAGUAGCUGUUUGAUUCCCCUCCAACUGACCGACAUUGUAUUUAGCAGGAACUAUUUAACAAUUAUUCCUCGAGCCUGAAUGGGCUCUGAGUCAAUAGCCCAUGGGGCUAUUGACGCAGUAUUGAUGAUAGACCACUAGUAUUUCUGCAAAGUUGCACAUCAUGUAGUUGAUAUCUCCUUUCUGGGCCCUGCAUGAGUUUGCAAACUUUUUCAUUGCAGUUGUGCAAUUUGCAACCCAUUAAACCCCAAAUCAUUCACCAGUGACUCAUCUAGGAUUGGUGGUAGGGUGGUAAACAAACUGCUUUAUAACCACGUACAGUGAAGCUAUUUUUUAAUAAGUGUGAGAGGAUAUUAUCAUCAACUAGCUCACCCACUUCAGUGUAGUGACUUCAUUAACAUAUUAAUAAGUAUCACUCCCCUAAUAAUAAUAAUAAUAUUAUGUCUGUUAGGUUACCAAGGAAAAAUACUUUAACAAGCCAACAUACCCAAGUCUGCAAUCAUCACUGCAAGCAAUGAAGGGUCAUUGUGUUAGUCAUGGUGUAACAAGCCUAUCAAUGCCAACAAUUGGUUGCGGUCUAGAUGGGCUAGAGUGGCCCAAAGUACGAAACAUCAUAGAAGAAGUCUUUCAAGAUACAGAUAUCAACAUUACAGUAUACAGUUUACCUAGAGCCAGAUGCAAAAAGACAUAAACGGUCAAAGAUGCCGUGUCUGAAGGUGUAAAUUUAAAAUGAGGAACCUUCAAGUUUACCCUUUAUGUGGCAGGUGUAAAAUGAGGAAGUUAAGGGCAGGCUGCUGGUUCUCCAGAAGAUUUAAAGUAGGUGGACAGAGAACCUGCCCAGCUGUACAUGUAUGUUAGUAGCAAGCACUUUUGGGACAACCAUGAUAGUGAGUUUCAUUGGUCCCAAGCCAUGCCUUUGGAGGACACUGUUAGGGGUCAGAAAAAAUGACUCCUUUCCCUUAAUUUUCCUCGACACAUUGACAGCUACCAAGGAGGCAACGCCUUAGUUCUUGUUGUAUUGAUGUAAUACAUCCAUCAGUUUAAGGCAUUACCUCUUUCCUGCAGGGUCCUCUCCUACUCCUCUCCAGACUGGGGAGAGAGAGUAGGAGAGGACCCUGGGAACAAGGUUGAGUUUAAUUUAAUUGUGUGAAAAAAGAUUUCUUGUUACUUCCCUCUGGGAACUGGAAACAGUUAGCUGACUCAAAUCCAUCAAGUUAAUAUUAUAUUUUGAAAUUUCGCUGAGAUAUUAAGGGGUAAAAGUACAUUCAACUGGAACAUUCAACCAUUUUUAUGAUGGUUAUU